UCUCCAUUCCAUCCCGGCGAUUUUUCCUCUCCACCGUCCCGUACCUUUUUCCUCUUCUCCUCACCUAUCUCAUGCUCUGAUCUCCAAAGCUCCAAUCCAACCCAAUGCGGCUAUAAACUCUCUGUAGUCUUCCGCCGCUGUGCCCUAGAGCUGCCUCCGUCUAGCACCACCGCUGACGCCUCACACCCCCAACUCCUCCGCUCUCACGCUGGUCGCCACCAUCGCCUUCUCGCUUGGACAUUGAUUUUUGAGCAGGUUCUUGGAACAAUAUAUGGGUUCAAAAUUGGUGGACGGAGUGCUUGAUGCCGCCACCGCGGGGGUUCACUACUCAGCAUUCCGUUUAGAAGAGCUGAACCUCCAAGCUUCUAAGUCUGGGCUGGAACAACCAACGACGACAGGCUUGGAGAAUGGGCACCGAGAGCCAUUUGUCAUUGGUGUUGCUGGGGGUGCAUCUUCAGGUAAAAGUACCGUAUGCAAGAUGAUAAUCGACCAGCUGCGCGAUCAGCGUGUAGUUGUUGUUACUCAGGAUUCUUUUUAUUAUGGACUAUCUGAUGAGGAAUUGCUCCAUGCUCAUGAUUGUAACUUCGACCAUCCAGAUGCAUUCAAUACGGAUUUGCUACUCUCUUGUAUGGAAGACUUGAAACAUGGGAAGGCUGUUGACAUUCCUGAUUACAGCUUGAAAACAUAUAAGAGCACCCCACAUGCAAGGAAGGUUAAUCCUUCAGAUGUUAUUAUUUUGGAAGGAAUUCUAGUUUUCCAUGAUCUGCGUGUCCGGGAUUUGAUGAACAUGAAGAUAUUUGUUGAUACAGAUGCUGAUGUGCGAUUAACAAGGAGGAUCCGUUGUGACACCAUUGAGAAGGGCAGAGACAUCAAAACUGUGUUAGAUCAGUACUCGAAGUUCGUUAAGCCUGCCUUUGAUGACUUCAUCCUCCCAACGAAGAAGUAUGCUGAUAUUAUCAUUCCACGAGGUGGAGAUAAUAAUGUGGCUAUUGACCUCAUCGUUCAGCAUAUUCGCACUAAGCUUGGUCAACAUGAUCUCUGCAAAAUACACUCCAAUUUGUAUGUUGUCCCGACUACUUAUCAGGUUCGAGGCAUGCACACAAUAAUACGGGAUGCUGCCACGACAACACAUGAUUUCAUAUUUUAUGCUGAUCGGUUGAUUCGAUUGGUUGUCGAGCAUGGGCUGGGUCACCUUCCUUUCAAAGAAAGGCAGGUCAUAACUCCAACUGGAUCUGUUUACACUGGGGUGGAGUUCUCUAAAAGAUUGUGUGGUAUCUCAGUGAUUAGGAGUGGUGAAAGUAUGGAGAAUGCACUGCGGGCGUGCUGUAAAGGCAUAAAGAUCGGGAAGAUUCUUAUUCAUAGGGAGGGAGAUAAUGGGCAGCAGCUCAUCUAUCACAAUUUACCAAAAGAUAUUGCAAACAGGCAUGUCCUGUUGUUGGACCCCAUUCUGGGAACAGGAAAUUCUGCUGUUCAAGCUAUAUCGCUGCUCUUGAAGAAGGGUGUUCAGGAAGCAAAUAUUAUCUUCCUUAAUCUUAUAUCAGCUCCUCAAGGGGUGCAUGUAGUUAGCAAGAAAUUCCCAAGAAUCAAGAUUGUGACAUCAGAGAUUGAGUUUGGUCUAAAUGAUGAUUUCCGCGUCAUCCCGGGGAUGGGUGAGUUUGGAGAUAGAUACUUUGGAACAGAUGAUUAUCAGUCAUCGACACCAUUCUUUUGUGAUGACAAAAAUCGUGUCAGGCUCUUGUAAGAUUGUGCCCAGACGUACCAAGUCCUGCCUGCGGCAUUAUCUACAAUUUUCUCUGAGAAAUUUAUAUCACAUUGUAGACUCUCAUGUGCCUUAUUGAUGUAUUGGUUACCAGAAAAAUGUGUAUCAUGGAACUUUAUAGACCGAACUCGCCUCCCAAAAUAAUUGGAGCAAAUCCAUUUCUUUGGUGCCAGACUGCCAGUCAAGUCUCCUCUGGAAA